GCCGCUUCACUGGUCGAGGAAGAAAAGGCGGGACGAAUUCUGGCCAAUGGAAGCGAGCGAAGGAAUGAAGGGUAGGGCUUCAACCUGAAUGACAGCUCGGGAGAUAAACAAGUCCCUGCGCGAGACUCUCCAUUAACCGAUCUCUGCAGCCCAGUUUUCCCUCCAGAAGAAGGCAGCUGGUGGCAGGUCAUGUGAAUAAGUCCGCCUCCCGGUUUCUAAGCCAUCCUCGACUCGAUCACCCAAAGUGAAGAGUCAGCAACUUCCCAGCACCCACUCAGCAAUAACCAAGGGAGAGCGCUGUAAUGCGCAGGCGCUUGCUAGGCUAAGUUAUUGCAAGCGACACUGGGCCUUGUAGUUCCGGCAUUCCCAGUCUCCUCCAAGCGUCUGGCAACUCGCGCUUCCAUCACUACUACCUGACCCAGAAGCCCUUGCGACUCUAACUCUUGGAAGCCGUGGUUGAAGCGGGUGGCGGCUGAGGGGACUCCCCCCACCCCAAAAACCCAAAACAGGGAAAUGGUGCCCAGUACGGUGGCCUCGCGCCCCUGCGUCUGAAUGCUGCCGGUCCCGCCGCCGCACACCGUUGUCCGCCUCCCUCUCUUCCUUCUCUAGUCGCUCCUUCCAUGGGUGAAAGACAUGGACUACGAGUUCAAAUCCAAGCUGGCGGCCGAGCGCGAACGGGUGGAAGAUCUAUUCGAGUACGAGGGCUGCAAAGUCGGGCGAGGCACCUACGGGCAUGUCUACAAAGCGCGGCGCAAGGACGGAUUCCAGCGGGCUUCGUAUAUGGACUUCAAGCCUUGGAGGUAGCAAGAUAUUCAGCAGAAGAAAAGAUGAAAAGGAAUAUGCACUGAAACAGAUUGAAGGCACAGGGAUAUCCAUGUCGGCAUGUAGAGAAAUAGCACUUUUGCGAGAACUGAAGCACCCUAAUGUGAUUGCAUUACAGAAGGUUUUCCUUUCUCAUAGUGAUAGAAAGGUGUGGCUGCUGUUUGAUUAUGCUGAACAUGAUUUGUGGCAUAUUAUCAAGUUUCACCGUGCCUCAAAAGCAAACAAAAAACCCAUGCAGCUGCCAAGAUCUAUGGUCAAAUCACUACUUUAUCAGAUUCUUGAUGGAAUCCACUAUCUCCAUGCAAACUGGGUGCUUCACAGAGACUUAAAACCAGCAAAUAUUCUAGUAAUGGGAGAAGGUCCUGAAAGAGGAAGAGUCAAGAUAGCUGAUAUGGGUUUUGCAAGACUAUUCAAUUCUCCUCUUAAGCCGCUGGCAGACCUGGAUCCAGUUGUGGUGACAUUUUGGUACAGAGCUCCAGAAUUGUUACUUGGGGCACGGCACUACACAAAGGCGAUUGAUAUAUGGGCUAUUGGCUGUAUAUUUGCUGAGCUAUUGACUUCAGAACCUAUAUUUCACUGUCGUCAGGAAGACAUCAAAACAAGCAAUCCUUUUCAUCAUGAUCAGCUUGAUCGCAUAUUUAGUGUCAUGGGAUUUCCUGCAGAUAAAGACUGGGAAGACAUUAGGAAAAUGCCAGAAUAUCCUACACUUCAAAAAGACUUUAGACGAACAACAUACGCCAACAGUAGCCUAAUCAAAUACAUGGAAAAACAUAAAGUCAAGCCUGAUAGCAAAGUAUUCCUUUUGCUUCAAAAACUUCUGACUAUGGAUCCGACCAAAAGAAUUACCUCAGAGCAAGCUUUGCAGGAUCCUUACUUCCAGGAAGACCCAUUGCCUACAUCAGAUGUUUUUGCUGGCUGCCAGAUUCCAUACCCCAAACGAGAAUUUCUUAAUGAAGAUGAACCCGAGGAAAAGGGUGAUAAGAAUCAACAGCAGCAGAACCAACAUCAGCAACAAACAGGACCUCAGCAGCAGCAGCAGCAACAGCAACAAGCAGCACCUCAGCAGCCGCAGCAACCGCAGCAACCGCAAGCAGCACCUCAGCAGCAAAACAGCACCCAGACCAAUGGAACUGCGGGGGGUGGCGGAACAGGAGGUGGCGGAACUGGGGCAGGUCUCCAGCACAGCCAGGACUCCAGCCUCAACCAGGUGCCUCCAAACAAGAAACCACGCCUUGGGCCUUCAGGCACGAAUUCAGGCGGGCCUGUCAUGCCUUCAGACUAUCAACACUCCAGUUCACGCCUGAGUUACCAAAGCAACAUUCAGGGAUCUUCUCAGCCCCAGAAUACAAUGGGCUAUUCAACAUCAUCUCAGCAGAGUUCUCAGUACCAUUCGUCCCACCAGUCUCAUCGGUACUAAAGAGACUUCAUAAAGGGUGUUAGAAAGGAAUGAACUAACAGUGAGCGGACUCCAGCAAUAUGAAGUUCAUAACCAUGAGAAGAACCAAAAAUGCAAAUUGUGAUGCAGAUUUUAGAAUUGCAAACUUUUUAUUUACUAAUUAUUUUGAGAAAAGAGACAGUUCUUAUCCUUUUUUGCCAUAAAGGAGAUUCUUGUGAAGUUUCCCUUCAGCUUGCUUUCGCAUGUGUUCCAUUGUGGUUACUCGAAUGAAACUGUCUGAUCUGAACCAAGCACUUAAACUUCUUUAACCUAUGGAAUUGUUGAAGGAUUCCUGGUGCACCUUUCUCGUGUUGUAGUAAUUGCCAUAAAUCUAACCUUUUCCAAAUCCUUUUACCAGGAUUUUAAAUUUUUGGAAUCUUGAACUCCUGGGCUUUUCAAGCUUGUAUAUAGUUAAUUUUUUACUAGGCAGACCAGUUUAGCUAUACAGGUAUAAUGCACCUUUUAAAAGCACUAUGUUAUUUUCACAGGAUAUUACUCUUUUGCUCAUGGAUGUCAAGAACAGCAGAUUUUACUAUUCCAGAGUAUUUUAUUAUCUUUUUAGUAGUCUAGUUUUCAGAUGAGAUCUUUAAAAAAAAAGAAGAAAAGAAAAAUAUACAACCCAAGUCUCUGCAGCAGCUAUUACAUGUUAUAUGUUUGGACUGAACACCAAACAGAAGAUUAUGAAUGUUUCUUUUAUCAUUCAGAUGAGCAUCCCAUAGAUGGUUGGUCAUUUUCUUCCAAGUGAGUUGACUGAAGCUUUGCUUUAUAUUAAGGCAUGAAAGCAAAGCAGAAGGCAUCUACUUCUGUGGCUCCAGUAGAACAAAUGGUUGCUGUAGUGUCUUCUUUAGUGGUUAUCUGUUACCUGCAGUGGUAUCUUUGCUCUGUGCUGAACCUCUACAAUUGGAGUUCAGCAUCAGUGGGAAAAAGGGCAAAGGAGGCUUUGCCACUACUUUGGGGAGGCUGGGUAGAGGGACAAAGUGUACUCUAAUAUAUAUGUACGUCUUUCAUUUGUUUCUUACCUAGACCUUGGUUAAAUUUUGAUUUUGAAACUUGCAGCAGAAACAAACAAAAUGUGCUGUGGCACCUUAAAAGACUAAUAAUUUUGUUCUCGCAUAAGUAGCUGCCUAGUUGCAGAAGACUUGCAGUCAUGAACCUUGAGAAGCCAUUAUUGUUGUUGUUGCUGUUAUUCCUUCAUUAUCCAGUUAAAGCAGAUCAAAUAUUGAAAAAGGAGUACUUGAACAAUGUACUGAAGUUGCUUGGUCUUCUCAUGUACAAAAUGCAUCUAAUGUCAUUGUGUCACUGCGGUGAUUGAUCCAGAUGAGAUGUGAUAGAUAAGAUAUGCUACACUGAAAUGUUUGUUAUCCUAGGACAGGGAUAGACUACAUGCUGUCCUUCCAGUGUUUUGGACUGUAAUCCUUGCCAUUGGCUUUGCAAGUUGGAGCUGAUAAGAAUGGUAGUUCAGGACACCUGGAGCAGGGCACUAGGUUGCCUGUCCCUGCCCUAAGAUCUGACACUGCUUCUCCUGAAGAAAUAUUGUGAUCCUGGACAAGCACUUCAAGUAAAAAAUAUCAAAGCUUAUGAACAGAUCCUAUAUAUUGGAGAUUUGUGGUACCAGGCAAUAGCAUCUGUGAACAGAAGCAACAUACACUAUGAAGCAACUCCUUCCCCCAUCUAUUUUUUUUUUAAAAGAACUACAUAAAUAAGGUGGUGCGCUUUAUUCAGAAAUUUAUAAUUCAUCAUAGAAUCCACCAUAUUGUGACUUUUCUUUUUAAAGUAGAUUUUCUGCUUUUCUAUAUAUGAAGAUAACUAAGCAUUGCUUAGCUGACAUUUUAGAAUGUGGGGGAAUGAAACUGAAUUUGGGUUUUCCAGGGGUAAGGCUUCAAUGCUCAAUAAUCACUAUCACUUCCCCAUGACUACUAAAAGUGGAAUAAUUGGAUAUCAGUGCAAAUUUGUGUUAUUUGUACAAAUUACAGAAUUCAAUUUCCUUGUGUGGAAUUUGGCUCACCAUGGUGCAGAAGCUUUUUAAGCACACAAGGCCCUAACUUUAUUGCACUAAAUGUAAAAGGGUAUGUACUUUAGAGUAUAUAAACAGCACUCAGUAUUUUAAAAACAAUUAUUAAAAAACCGAGAUGGAGGAAGAAACCAGGUUAUAUAAGCAUUUUAUGGGCAUUUACACUGUACAGCAUAGCUUAUGCCUCAUUGUUUUUUCUUCUGAAAUAUUAUAAUAACCCCCUUAACAAAAGUAAAAAAAGCUUUUCACUAAGACUGCAAUACAAAUUAGACAGUAGAUCCACUUGCCUGGAAGGGAAAAUUGAUUCGAAGCAUAACAGAGGUGUCCUUCCCACGAUUGUAACUCUUCUCAUAUAGGCAUUGUUUUAUUUACUGUUGAUUUCAAGUGGUUGUCUAAUGACAAAUCAAUUGUCAUGGAAAAUUUAGUGAAGAAAACAAGCAAUCUGUUUGAGAUGAAAUAUAACUGGAUCUUUCUCCCCCCGAAAACUUUAUUUUUUGUAAUACUUUGUGCAUCAUGUGUCUAAACUAGUUUUGUUGGAUGGCGUUUGCUGUCUUCCAUACAAGUCUUCAGUGAAAACAUUCCUCUUCUUUCAUACGCCUCCGGUUUUAUCCAUGUCUUACUGCAUUCAUGCUAACAUCUGGUCAGCAGCUUAGAAUGUUAUCAGAUUUCAUUUUGACCAGGUUAUGAACAACUCAUUUUCUUUUUGCUAUUCCAGCCUUCUUGUUGCAACUGCAACUAUUGUGAGCUCUGUCAAAAUAUGGCUUCCUCUGUGCAUGCAGUGUGAUAACCUAUGUUGAAUGUGCUUUAUCUCCAUGAGCUUCCAAUCCCCUAGAAUGAUGGCCAUGACUAUUCUCUGUAUUGAUAUAUUUGCAUUUUUGCUGGAAAAUAAUGGCUUGCGAUGCUCCAUUUCCCUGCAGUGUCUGUGCAUACAAAUGUAGCUGUGCUCAGUACUUCAUGGCCUUCCAAAUAAGCAUUGACAGGGGAAUAGAUGAAAGUAUAGGUUUACACUUUUGAAAUGUUUACUGCACUCAUUCUCUAUUUGUACCUUGGCUUUGCGGCAUACUUGGCCUAUUAGGGAGAACUAUUUGUAUAUAAUAUGAUGGGUGUCUCAUGUAUUGCAGGGCUAAGGUGAGCCAAGGUGAGAUAGCUUUGUUUCAGGGGAAAUUUCACAAAUCAAAACACAUUGUAUAAUAAAUCGUACGUCAUAUGUUAUGGAAACACAGGACACAGAAAUGUUCAUAACUGUGCAGCUUUGCUUUCAUCUAGAGCUUUCGCCUUGCUAUCUCAUUGGCUCUUGGAAGUGGACAGCAAGUGAUUGACCAGUUUUGCUACCCUCAUUCUGCAAUGCUUCUCUUCUGGUUUUCAAAGAAAAGGGCCAAGAAAAUAGGAUUAGCAAAGCAGGGAUGAAAUGAAUUGUAACACAGACUGCAUAAUGAAGGAAGAAUCAUGUGAAAGCUGCAAGUCCUGCACUGUAUCUGUGACACUGUAUCUUGUGGGGUGGGAGUGGGGUGGGGAGGUUGGGAAGACUUGUCGUGGUUAGGGAAGUGGAAGCUUGAAGUAUUUGAUUAUGUAUAAUAUUUUAUAUAAACGUAAUAAGCUUAGUUCCCCUUCAUAAUCUUCAGUGAUGGUACUUAAGCAACAUUAAGUAAAGAUAACUGUUUUAAGACAAAAUAAACAUACUGUAUAUAAGAUCAUGUGUAAUCUAUGUUUUGCCACCAGAAUAAUAUGUAUUGCUUUAUGGGGGGAAAGUCCUUUAAUGCACUGUUAUCUCCUAAAUAUUUAGUAGUAAAUUAAUUCUAUUUAAUUUUUUAAACAUAUCUGUCUUCUGUAGACACUAAAAAGUAUUACACAAUGUGGACUGAAAUGGUCCCUUUUUAACAGCAGUUUAAUAAUGUUUUAUAUCUGUAAUUAGUCUGCUUUUCCAUUUGUUUUAUUUGCUCAUGGAUAACUAUUUGUUGAAGAUUGCCUGCCUUCAAUUCUCUUUUAUAUAUUAUUUCACAUAUUCAUCUUCAGUUCUUGUAUUUGUUUUUAUUAUAUAUUUGUGUGUCCUCCUUAAUGUCUCUUCAGUUCAUCAGUAAUAGCCCAGGUCUACCAAUGUAUAUUUUGGCUGUUGAGGAUGGAUGGAUAGAUAGAUAGACAGAUAGAUGCAGUAGAUAUUUCAGCUUCCCAAGUCCAGAGUUGUAUUUUCACUUGUUAAGAUUCCAUGGCAUACUUACACUUAAAUGGGGAUAAUUACAACAUUGUGUUUUAAAUGAGUAAAGUUUUGUUUAUGCAACACUUUGUUCUCCUUCCUUUGUGCUCCCUCAGUCUUUAGCGGGUACUCCAACCACUCCAUGGGGAGAGGGAAAUUAAUACUGUUGGUGGGAACAAUUUCAUCAGCAGACAGAUGUAGAGGGAUAUAUCUCUUUGUAUGAGUCUAUGACUUAACUUUUUAAAAAGCAUCUCCAGUCUCAUUGUUUAAUACACGCAAGACCCUCCUUGCCCCUAACUUUAAUCUGUGGAGAUCCUUUUACUCACUAUCAGCAAGUAUUGAUCUCAAUUGGCUAUCUUAUUUAUAAGUAAGAAGAAUAGUAAGCUAGUUACUUAGCGACUGGCCAAUAUAAUUUCCAAACCUGGACUUGCUUAAGUAAUGCAUAUGAAAGGUGGGCAGAGUUGUAUAAAUUGGGAAUCGAGUUCCUAAUGCCACCCAAGUUAGUUUGCCUUUCCUGGCUCUGUUUAAUAAUUGGCUUAAAAUUUAGAACUGCUGUGCUGGGCAUUUGCAACUAGGACAACCCAACAAGCUUUGCUCUCAUUAAAUAUUUGCAUUAUUUUAAAUGUCCUUACAUUGCUCUUAACAGACUGUUAACAACUAUGUUUUCAUUCAUUACGUCUGCAGUAUUUUAAUUUUUGUUGUAAUUAUUUUGAAUUGCUUCAGUGUGAAUUUUUUAAAUAAAAAUAAUAUACAUUUGUAAUAAUAAAAAGUUUGAAGUCAA